AACUAGACAACCACAAUGAUGAAGAUGCUGCUCGGCUGCUCUCUCUGCCUGCUCCUCCUGCUCAACUGUCUAAGUGAACUUGGGGAGAGCCGAACCCUGAGCUUGGCAAGCUGCUCUGUCAAUGUUCACAUGCACGAACUGCGCAAAUAUUACAUUGACAUACGAUCAGAUGCGAUAGAAAGUGACAGUGCAAUUGGAGUGAAACUUCUGGACAAAUCCUUGAUCAACAAUGUUCAGGAUGGUCAGACGUGCUGUUUCCUGCGUCUUGUGCUACGUUUCUACGUUGAGAGAGUAUUCAGCAACUACGCCUCUUCUCACCCACAGCAUCAACGCUGCUCCAGCGCUCUUGCCAACGCUUUUGUCAGCAUCAGAAAAGACAUAAACAGAUGUCACUGCCACUGUGAAGAGGACACACAGAGAAAGAUUGACUCCCUGCAUGCUGAGUUUAUCAAGCUAGACAUAAACCAGGCUGCACAGAAGGCUGUGGGAGAACUGGACACUGUGCUGGAGUGGCUGGAGGGCCAGAAAACACUUGCUUGA